CACCCUGGGGUCCAUGGUGCCGUUUGGGGGGUUUUUUGGCCUUUUUUGGGCUGACGGCGCGUGCUCUGCCCAGGUGCUGAGGAGCCACGUGAUGGUGCGCGUCGGCGGCGGCUGGGACACGCUGGAGCAUUACCUGGACAAGCACGACCCGUGCCGCUGCGCCUCCCUCUCCCACCGCCUGCCCCCCGCCCGCCCCCCGGCCUUCUCCCCGCAGAAAGCAGCCGCCAGCCCCAGCACCCCGCGCCGUGCCGAGCCCGCCUGCCCCGGGGACCGGGACCGGGACAGGGACCGGCGGCCCCCCGUUCCCGGCGGCUGCCCCCCGCCCAGCGGCAUCCCGAAGCCGGCGGCCGUGCUGCCCCCGCGGGUCCCCGCGCACAGCUCCGCCAGCCCGUCCAGGAGCCCCGGCGGCGCCCUCAGGUAGGGCUCAGCACCCAUGGGUGCUGC